AUGGGGAUGAAGACAUACCGGAAACAGGCCCCCGUCGGAAGCCCGUACACUCGGCUGGCACAGGUGUUGGUGGCCGCCGCGAGGAAGUGGCGCGUGGACGCAACACAAGCCGAGUGCAACAUGUGUUACAGCGAGGAGGUGGAGGAGGAGGGGCCAGAUGUAGAGAAUAAUGAGAACAAGCGUAGGAAGGCGAGAUUGGGUCGGACGACUCGGUUCAGGUUCUUGGACAGAGCUGCUAUAAUUGAUGCUCCGUGCACGGCCACAUCACCCCAGGGUCAUAACCCAUGGCGCUUGUGCACUGUGAACCAAGUGGAAGAAGUGAAGUUGGUCCUCCGCCUCAUCCCAAUCUGGCUAUCCUGCAUAAUGUUCACUGUUGUCCUCUCCCAAAACCACACCUUGUACGUCAAGCAAGCAAGCACCAUGCAGCGCUCCUUCAUCAGCCACAACUUCAUCGUCCCACCGGCUUCCCUCCAGAGCCUCAUUGGCCUCACCAUCAUAAUCACCGUCCCCUUUUACGAUCGCAUCUUCGUCCCUUUCGUUCGACGCCACAUCACCGGCCACCCGUCCGGGAUUACCCUGCUCCAGCGCAUCGGUACUGGGCUUGCCCUCUCCAUCCUCGAGGCUGCAGUCGCCGCCCUCGUCGAGUCUAGGCGCCUGCGUGUGGCAAAGCAUUACGGCUUGCUGGACGGACCCAAGGGUGCCGUGGUGCCCAUGCAGGUGUGGUGGUUGGUCCCGCAGUAUGCCAUCAGCGGCAUGUCCGAUGCCUUCACCAUCGUUGGGCUACAAGAGUUGUUCUACGACCAGAUGCCAGAGUCAAUGCGGAGCAUGGGCGCCGCGGCCUACAUUAGCAUUGUGGGGAUCGGGAGCUUCGUGAACACAGGGGUGAUAACGGUGGUGCAGGGGGUGAGCUCAAGGGCUGGUGGGGGGAAGUGGCUAGGUGAUAAUUUGAACAGGGCGAAUUUGGAUAAGUUUUACUGGAUAUUGGCAGGGAUGAGCGCGGUCAACUUUUGUGUCUAUCUUUUGAUAGCUAGGGGAUUUGUUUAUAGGACAGUUGAAGAACACGACGUACGUCGACUUGAGAGGCGGGGAGGAGGAGCAGGAGGAAGGAGUUAA